CCAGGGAUGGGGCAUCCACAACCUCUCUGGGCAACCUGUUCCACUGCGUCACAACCCUCUGUGUGAAAACGUGAACUUUUAUCGAAUGCAAGUUCUUCUUCUUGCUGUACAUGCCUGGGGCUGUGUGCCGUGGCCAGAGAGACCUGAUGGGGUCCAUGGGAAGAUGUGGCCAAGGCCCCAGUGAUUGGUGUGAAACACUGACGCCAAGCACACGAGGUGUGGGGAACAGAGUGGGCAGUGGCACUGGGAAAAGCCCAGAAACUUGUGAAACUUGUGCUGGUGCUGGAAUACGUGCUGCAGGUGAGGAUCGCUCAUUGUGAUGACCCAGCAAUGCACUGUGGCAUCACUGUGCAAUGGGCAAUGAUGUCCCCAAAUGAAGGUGGAGUGAAGGCGACGCCCAGCAGCUUGGCCAAGCCAUGCUUUGAGACAUCUCCAGGCAAUGGAUUGUGACUCCAUAGUCCACAGAUCUUUGAACGUGGGUGCAGGCUCAGCCCAGCAGUUCGUGCCUGGCCUCCGACCGAGCGUGUGUGCGAGGACUGGAGUGUGGACAGGGCGAGUUUUGGUGCUGGAACGUGCUCUGGGUGCUGCUAGCGCAGCUCUCAGCGGCCGUCUCAGAGCCACUUUUCUUUACCCCGACCCUGCUGGGAGCAGGCAGACGGGACAUCCCAGAGAGGCGCGUGCAGCAGCAUAGCGUGACACCUGCUGCUGCAGCGCCAGUGCUGGGGAGCGCGUUGCCAUCUCCCGCUCCCCCCAGCCCACCGCACCUGGUGGAAGCAUGGAGGCAGCAUUAGACACCCGCUGCCCCGUGUGCCUGGACAACUGGGACAGCGUGGCGUACGCCAUGCCGUGCUGCCACCAGUUCUGCUUUCCCUGCAUCCAGCGGUGGACGAGCACCAGGCCCCAGUGUCCGCUUUGCAAACAGGGUGUGUGGUCCAUCAUCCACACCACGCGAGCGGACGGCAAGUACAAGGAGCUGGUCCUCAGACCGGCUGCAGUGGCAUCCGUUGCCACUCGGCGCCCCGCAGGUCCCCGGGCAGCCCGACCAUGGCCUGCAGUGCCCAGGCGUCCUGCGGGCGGCCUCUCCCGUGACACCUGGGCUUCCAUCUUCCGGGAGAACCCAGCCCUGCUGCGGCCCCUGCGCUCCUGGCUGCAACGGAAGCUGCGCCGCAUCCUGGGCACCGAGGAACCACAGGCAGAUACGCUGGCCAACAGCGUCAUCUCGGCCCUGCUCCUCGUCGGCUUGGAGCAGGAGAUCCUGGUAGAGAGGCUGGAUCUCCACCUGCACGGCCAAACUGGGAACUUUGUAAGGCAGUUCAUCGCCUUCACCGUGCAGAAGUAUGGCAGGGAGGCUCAGCGCUUGCUGGGCCUCAACGUCACCCCUGCUGCUGGGGCACAGGAGACCAACACGUCAUCAGAGCCCACAGCUGCCCCACAGCAGGAGGCUCCUGUCUCUGGCCCAGCGCUCUCCAGCAGCCCUGCCAGCUCCACCAGGGAUGAAAUCCCGGGCAGGACAGGAGGAGAACUCACUGGGCAUCCCAGCUGCCCACAUGACAACCCUGUGGAGGUCAGCAUGGAGCAGGCAGUGCCUCACGAGGAGCCAGGACAGCCUGUGGCAGGGCCCUCUGGCUACAGCCUUCUUCAGCAGUCCCGGCGAGCCCUGAAGAGGAAGGCCAGCGAUUGCCAGGCCUCAGCAUCGCCAAAGAAGAGGCCACCCAGCCGGCAGCAAUAGAACAGCGGCUGAGCUGAUGAGACUGGGGCCGGGCAGCAGCUGGGACACACGCCAGCCCCAAUGGACCCUUGCCAUCGGUGUCCAAUUCCACCAUGCAAAUAAACUAGAAAGAAAAACUGCAAAAAUAUGUGUUGGCAUUGUUAACAGCACAGCCGUUGUUGCUUCCUUGUCCUUGAUGCUUUCUCCCCUUUUUCCUGCUGCCAAGCCACUGCUGGCUCUGUUGCAGCCUAGAUAGGAACCCCAUGACAGGGGAAGGGCAAAUUUCUGCACCUGGCAGGAACAUCCCUGGAGCACAUGACAGCUGGGGUUAGCCGGCUGGAGCAGACCCAGGAGUCCUGCUGGACACCAGCCUGAAGCAGCAAGCAGCCCAGGCCACCUUGGUGAAUGGUCCUGGGCUGCAUGAGGCCAGGUGCUGCCAGUAGAUGAAGGGUGGUUAUCCUGCCCCUCUGCUCAGCUCUGAGGAGGCCACAGCUGGAGCGCUGGGCCCAGAUCCAGGCUCCCCAGCGCCAGGGGGACCAGGUGUUGCUCAUUUUGCAUGUCCAUAGCCCCAGCAGUGCAAACUGUCCCUGUCUCACCUGCCCAGGGCUUGCUGGGCUUGGUGGGAUGUGGUGUAUUUGGAGGGCUGGAGGGCUCCAUAUGAGGAGCAGGGCUUGUCUCGAGCCUGGGACAGGAACCUGUCCUCCACUCAUGUGUGAUGUGC